ACUUUCUUUUUUUUUUAUUUAUUCUUCACAAUGGCUGCAGAAGAUCUUUUCAAUGUGCCCAUUUUUUUUAUUUUGUUUCGGGAAACCACUGAAGCAGCUAUCAUUGUGUCUGUCCUCUUGUCUUUUUUGAAAAAGACCUUUGAUGAUUCUACUCCUCUUUACAAACGCCUUCGUAAUCAAGUUUGGAUUGGUGCCGGUACUGGUCUAGCUAUAUGUCUUUGUAUUGGUGCUGCUUUUAUUGCUGUCUGGUAUACUCUUUUGAAUGAUCUUUGGGGCAAUUCUGAAGAUAUUUGGGAAGGUUGUUUCUCUCUUUUGGCUACAAUCAUGAUUACAGUGAUGGGUUUUGCCAUGUUAAAAACAGAAAAAUUACAAGACAAAUGGAAAGUCAAAUUAGCCAAGGCAAUGGAAGCUGGACAGACCAAACAAAAAAGAACUUUCAAACAAUGGAUGCAAAAAUAUUCCUUCCUUAUCUUACCUUUUAUUACUGUGCUCCGUGAAGGUCUCGAAGCAGUGGUAUUCAUUGGUGGUGUAUCUUUGAGUGUAACAGCCAAAUCUAUUCCUAUUGCUGCUAUUAUGGGUUUCCUCUGUGGUUGUUUGGUCGGAUAUAUUAUUUACCGUGGUGGUUCUAUGAUGCGUUUACGUUGGUUCUUUAUUUUCUCUACUAUCAUUUUAUAUCUUGUCGCUGCUGGUUUGAUGUCCAAGGCUGUUGGUUACUUUGAACAAUAUUCAUGGAAUCAAGUGAUUGGUGGUGAAGUUGCUGAAGAAGGUGGUGAUGUCAUUACCUACAAGGUCACUACAGCUGUUUGGCAUGUAUCUUGGGGUGAUCCUGAAUUGAAUACAAAUACUAAUGGUGGUUGGCAAAUUUUCAAUGCUAUUCUUGGUUGGAAUAACACUGCUACUAUUGGUACUAUUGUCAGUUAUUGUUUGUAUUGGCUCUUGGUUUCUGCUUAUUUGGUGUACAUGUACUGGAAGGCUAAAGUACAAUCUAUCAAGAAAGCUGAACGUGGUGAAUUCGAAAAUGAAGAUGCUGAUGAAGCAUUGAAUAAGGCCCGUCAAUAUGUGAAUCAAGAUGGUGUUAUUACUGGUCAUCAAGAAAAAUUGGCUACUGAAGAAGUGGUAACUUUGAAUGAAACCAAAGUCUAAUAAUUAAAACGUCAUCCAUCUUUUUUUUUUAUAUAUUUUUUAUUUUGUUGUACUAUUUUAUUACUCUUUUUUUUUUAUUAUUAUUAUUAUUAUUUUGCAUUCCUCUCUUCUAUUUAUGGUCAUUACUAUUUCACUUUCC